CGAGGCCCGGCCGAAGGGCGAGUGGGCGUGUGGUGGACUCUCCGGGCCUCUCGGGACCCGGCGGGGCUUCCGGUUCGGAGGCAGCGCCCCCUGAGGGCGGCCGCGGCGACCCCGUGCGGAGAGCGGGGCGCGGAGCUCGAGGCCUAGACCCGCGGAGAUGACCGGCUGCGGCGGCGCAUGCACUUGCGGCGCGGCGGCCGCGCGGCUCCUCGCGUCCUCGCUCGCCUCCGCGCGCAGAGGUAUAUCUUGCAGUCGCAUUCACAUACCAGUUUUAGGAAGAUUUGGGACCUUUGAAACUCAGAUUCUACGAAGAGCUCCUUUUAGAACUUUUACAGAAACACCAGCAUACUUUGCCUCAAAAGAUGGAAUAAGUAAAGAUGGCUCUGGAGAUGGAAAUAAGAAAUCGGUGAAUGAGGGAAGCAGUAAGAAGUCAGGCUCUGGGAAUUCUGGGAAAGGUGGAAACCAACUGCGCUGUCCUAAGUGUGGUGACUUAUGUACCCAUGUAGAGACUUUCGUGUCAUCAACUCGUUUUGUGAAGUGUGAAAAAUGUCAUCAUUUUUUUGUUGUGCUAUCCGAAGCCGACUCAAAGAAAAGCAUAAUUAAAGAACCCGAAUCAGCAGCAGAAGCUGUGAAAUUAGCAUUUCAACAAAAACCACCUCCUCCCCCCAAGAAGAUUUAUAACUACCUCGACAAGUAUGUUGUUGGCCAGUCAUUCGCUAAAAAGGUGCUUUCAGUUGCUGUGUACAAUCAUUACAAGAGAAUAUAUAAUAAUAUCCCAGCUAAUUUGAGACAACAAGCAGAGGUUGAGAAGCAGACAUCUUUAACACCAAGAGAGUUGGAGAUCAGAAGACGAGAGGAUGAGUACAGAUUCACGAAAUUACUUCAGAUUGCUGGAAUCAGUCCCCAUGGCAACGCUUUAGGAGCAUCAAUGCAGCAACAAGUGAAUCAACAAAUACCUCAGGAAAAACGAGGAGGAGAAGUAUUAGAUUCUGCCCAUGAUGAUAUAAAACUUGAAAAGAGUAAUAUUCUCUUGCUUGGGCCAACUGGGUCAGGUAAAACUCUGCUGGCACAAACUCUAGCUAAAUGCCUGGAUGUCCCUUUUGCAAUCUGUGACUGUACCACUUUGACUCAGGCUGGUUAUGUGGGUGAAGAUAUUGAAUCUGUGAUUGCCAAAUUGCUCCAGGAUGCCAAUUAUAAUGUAGAAAAAGCACAACAAGGAAUUGUCUUUCUGGAUGAAGUAGAUAAGAUUGGCAGUGUGCCCGGCAUUCAUCAGUUACGGGAUGUAGGUGGAGAAGGCGUUCAGCAAGGCUUAUUAAAACUACUAGAAGGCACAAUAGUCAACGUUCCAGAAAAAAAUUCACGCAAGCUACGUGGAGAAACAGUGCAAGUUGAUACAACAAAUGUCCUGUUUGUUGCAUCCGGUGCUUUCAAUGGCUUAGACAGAAUCAUCAGCAGAAGAAAAAAUGAAAAGUACCUAGGGUUUGGAACACCCUCUAAUCUGGGCAAAGGAAGAAGGGCUGCUGCCGCCGCUGACCUGGCCAACCGGAGUGGAGAAUCAAACACUCACCAGGACAUCGAAGAAAAAGACCGCUUGUUACGUCAUGUCGAAGCCAGAGAUCUCAUUGAAUUUGGCAUGAUUCCUGAGUUUGUGGGUCGCUUGCCUGUGGUGGUCCCUUUGCAUAGCCUCGAUGAAAAGACACUUGUACAGAUAUUAACUGAGCCUCGUAAUGCUGUAAUUCCUCAAUACCAGGCACUGUUCAGCAUGGACAAGUGUGAACUGAAUGUUACUGAGGAUGCUUUGAAGGCUAUUGCCAGAUUGGCACUAGAACGAAAAACUGGUGCACGUGGCCUUAGGUCCAUAAUGGAAAAGCUGUUACUAGAACCAAUGUUCGAAGUCCCCAAUUCUGAUAUCGUGUGUGUGGAGGUUGACAAAGAAGUAGUAGAAGGGAAAAAGGAACCAGGAUACAUACGGGCUCCAACAAAAGAAUCAUCUGAGGAGGAGUAUGAUUCGGGAGUUGAAGAAGAAGGAUGGCCUCGCCAGGCAGAUGCUGCCAACAGCUGAACUGUCGAAUGCGGCCCUGUAUAUAAAGCUUUCCUUUCUCUCUAGGAUCGUAACUCUCUUCAGUUUGACAUUAAAAACAUCGGCUCUCUUUGGAUAUCAUACAUGGUCACAGCCUUUAUGAUAAAAAUCAGAUCAUGUAUAUUAUGUAAUAUCACAUUGAUUUAUACAGAGAACAUCGUGUAGACUUUAAUGACACAAUGUUCAGAGAUAAAAUGUAUAUUAUUUUGGUUCCGUUUUUAAAAAUAUGCUUUAACAAAAUUCUUAGAGUUCUUACAAGCAACACAGGUAUUGCAAUAACUGGAUUUUACAAUAAUGUUACUCUACAAAUGGGAAAAUAAAGUAAAAAUUAGGAUACACCUCUUUAGUUUAACCAUUUUCUACCCACAUUUGUUUCCUGAUGAAAAUUUUAUUCAUUGAAAAAAAUUUAUUCAUUAUUCCCUGAUGAAAAUUUUAUUCAUUGAAAAAAAUUU